GACAUGGCAGGGAGGAGGAGGAGAAGGCGGGGAUCCCAUUAAGACAAUGGGCGGCCAGAAAAAAAAUGGCAUCAUAAUAAAGGAAAAGAUACGCGGGCCAGACGUGCUUUGCUUUUUGUCUGGGAGGCCUCCUCAGCUGUGCGUGAGGUAAUUCCGCUACCUCACAUAACACAGAGCCGCAGUGGCCAUUUUAGCACAUCCUCCUCCUCCGCCUGAAACCUCCGAGCAGGCCUUUGGCACAAUACACACACACCUCUCAUUGGGGAGCUUUAUUUACACAGACACUUGUCUGCUACACGAAGGGGGGGGGAGAUAGGAGACUUGGUUUCCACCCCUCUCCCUCCUUCUCCAAUGACCGCAGGCUCACUAUCUAGCUCCCCAUCCCCCUCCUCCUUCCGAAUGGUCUCUCCCAGAGGUUACCGGAAGUAGUGCGGCGCUGCCAUGUUUUCAGCUGCUUUGUUGUAGGUUUAAUGUAGGAUCCUGCGCUGGUGUUUUUUUUUUUUUUUUGUAUUCCCUCCCCCCUCCUUUUUCCUCAGUUCCAGAAGGCGCACUCCUCCUCCUUCCUGGGAUCGCCAUGGAGGCCAACUGGACGGCUUUCUUAUUCCAGGCUCACGAAGCUUCACACCACCACCACCACCAUCACCAUCAUCACCAACAACAGGCUGCUCAAAACAGCUUGCUGCCAUUAUUAGGAGCACCUGUUGAGCCUCUUGAUCAAAAACCUAUGUUACCUUUACCAAUAAAUCAAAAACCUCAACCUCCCCCAGAACCUAUGAAAGAGCCUGUUGUAAUAAAGAAAGAAAAAUCUAAAACCUCCUUUGUGUGCACAUAUUGCAGCAAAGCCUUUAGGGACAGUUACCAUUUGAGACGCCAUGAAUCCUGCCACACAGGAAUUAAGUUAGUGUCACGGCCAAAGAAAAUACAAACUGCGCCAGUUGUGCCACUCAUAUCGACUAUUGCUGGAGACAAUAAUAGAACAUCCUUGGUUUCAACAAUUGCAGGGAUACUGUCUACUGUUACCACAUCGUCUUCAUCUACAAUUCCUAGUGCAAGCACUAGCAUCCCAACGAUGCCAGUCCCUCAGCCAGUGAAGAAGCCUAGCAAACCUGUUAAGAAAAACCAUGCCUGUGAAAUGUGUGGAAAGGCCUUCAGGGAUGUUUAUCAUUUAAAUAGGCACAAGCUUUCCCAUUCAGAUGAAAAGCCAUUUGAAUGUCCAGUCUGCAAUCAACGUUUUAAAAGGAAAGACCGCAUGACCUACCAUGUAAGAUCGCAUGAAGGAGGAAUUACCAAGCCCUAUACAUGUAGUGUUUGUGGGAAAGGAUUUUCAAGACCUGAUCAUUUAAGUUGUCAUGUGAAGCAUGUGCAUUCUACGGAAAGGCCCUUCAAAUGCCAAACCUGUACUGCUGCCUUUGCCACCAAAGACAGGUUGCGGACCCAUAUGGUGCGACAUGAAGGAAAGGUGUCUUGCAAUAUAUGUGGCAAACUUCUUAGUGCAGCCUACAUCACAAGUCACCUAAAGACACACGGACAAAGUCAAAGUAUUAAUUGUAAUACCUGUAAGCAAGGUAAAAAGUUUCAAGGGUCCUGUUCCUUCCAGCCUUAUAAUUUCAAAGGUCAACUUCAUGAACUUCAAACUCCAGUUCAUUGCAGAAUUAAAUAUGAAGCUCCAGACUCACUCUUUUGUGCUGUGGAUCAGAAUCAUAGGACCUUUUCAAUAGGUGAUUACACAAGCAACAUGUGCCAAACUUCUACCGCAGCCCAGACGUCUGUGACUCUUACUUCUCCCUUCAAUAUUACGUCCGCAGCAUCAGGGACCCUUACAAACCCUGUAACGGUGGCAGCAGCCAUGAGCAUGAGAAGUCCAGUGAAUGUCUCCAGCCCUGUCAAUAUCACUUCUUCUAUGAACCUAGGACAUCCAGUGACCAUAACAACGCCGAUUUCUAUGGCUUCACCUUUGUCCUUAACAUCUCAAGUCAAUUUGCCUACCUCAGGCACUGCUCCAAUGAACAUUGCACAUCCGGUCACUAUAACAAGCCCUAUGAAUCUGCCUACAUCAAUGACUUUAGCUUCUCCAUUAAAUAUAGCUAUGAGAUCAGUGGAGAGCAUGCCGUUCUUAUCACAAGCUCUGCCAUCUACCCCACCUUGGUAAUGGGAAAGCGGAAAAAAACAUAGAUAUAUUUUUAAAGCAGUAUUAUGGGGUUGUUCAGUAGUUGUUUACCAGCAACUGACAGUCGUGAUUUUAUAAGAAGCUUACAGCUACGUAUUGAUGUUUGAACCCCCUGAGUUUUACAAUUUUUUUCAUCCAUUCUUCUGCCUUCAGAAUUAUUCUGGACCAUACCCAACUAAGGAGAAGAAUGCAACUAAAAAAAAAAAAGACAAUAUAGGCUAGAUGACUGUUUGUUUGUUGGCAGCAUUUUUUUUUUUUUUAAAGAAAUGGUUUUAGUAUUUUACCCAGGUAACUAUUGUCUUUAAAUAACACUAGCAAUGAAUUCCUUCAUUUUUAUGCCAAAAAUGGGGAUAUUUUUUUGUCACUACUAUAAUUGAGAUACUAGUAUAGGUGCUACUCUGUGCUUCUUGACUGUUUUUAAAUUUAUGACGUGUAAUAACUAAGGGAAAAAAAACAAACAACAUGUAUUAGCAGUAUGCAUUUCAUGGUGAUGGAUUUUGGUUUUCCAGCACUAUCGUAAAAAUAAAGAGUCCCUACUCUAUCCGGCACAGAACAUUAUUUGUGAUUUUGAAUUCACACGCUGAUUAAGUAUCGGGCACAUUGGCAAAGGUUUAAAACACAUGGCAGAGGUGAACUUGACUUUUGACUCUCCAGAGGCGUAGAAUCUUCCAUUGGAAGCUGCUUCUAAGCUCCUUUCUUAAGUACCGGGCAUAUCUUGAAGCAGUUGCAUGCAGUCUUUAAGAAGUUGCCUACUAGGGUCCUGGGUUGCCAGCUUCUCCAACCCUUCAUUCUUUACAAAAGCUUCACUGCCCUUAUUAGAGUUGAAAAUAUGUAUUUGUGCAGAAAAAAAAAAAAAAAAUCAGAGUACCCGAAAAAAAGUAUUAAAAUAUGGACACAAAAUCCAUGUCGGUAAUGAUCCAAGAGGAAUUUGGACUCGGGACCUUUGUUGCAGCAGAAAUCCAAAUAAUAAAUAUAAAAUAUAUAUAUUAAUUUAAGUAGACAUUCUCUCCAGCUUGCACAAAGAAGGUUUUUAGAAUAUGGUAUCUAGGGUUUUGCUGUCGGGGAACCUACACCUGCUGAAGCCUUGUUGCAAGUUUUCCCCUCACAAAAUUGAAAUAUGACUAUGAAUGGACUGUGGCCUGUUGUAGCCUAAAAUAACCUUUCCGCAGGAGGACAUGUACAAUCGACUUUCUUGAUGUAGAGAAGCACAAAGAGAAACUGCGCUUAGUAUCCCAAUUUGGACUUGCUGAUGCAUUGGAAAAAAAAAAAAUAUGGAAAAGAACUGUUAAUGCAAUUGUAUACAGUAUAUGUUUUUUUUUUAACCACUAAGUAGUUAGCCCAACAGUGCAAGCCAGGAUUUGGUUUUUGGUUUUGCAUUUAUUUUAAUUUUUAUGGGGACUUCUUAAAUGUGUGUUGUAAAAAUGUUCCUUUUUAUAACAUGUAAAUAUUUUCAUAUUUAGAUCUGUGUUUUGAUAUAUAUAUAUUUUUUUCCUUUCAAGUGACAGUGGGAUAGUUCCACUUUGGCCUGUCCCCGGUAUGGUCAAUUAUCACUCUUAACUAGACACCACCUCCAGCUACAUGCAUAGAUAUUUCUUAUUUUGACCUUUUUAUUCUUUCUUUUUUUUUUUUUUUUACAUGGUAAUUAUGUUUAGAAAACCAAAAGAUUAAAAAAAAUUCUGCAUUUUAGAGUAACAUUACAUUAACCUUUUUUUGUUUCUUCGUUAAAAUCUUUUAAGUGCUGUAGAUAACUAGAAAACACAUUUUAUAAGAAAGGUGUUUUAAAACUUUUACAUCCAUUGAAUUUAGAGAUAUUAAAAAAAUAAAUAAAAAAAAUAAACUACAUUUUUGCUAAUAGAGAAAGUUUUAUUUAUACAUUCAGCCUGUUCUCUGUUGGUUAAAUUAUGCCAGCAAAUAAUGCGAUUGCAAGGGAUGUCUGAGCAAAAAGGGCCGUUCAGCCAUGGCAGUAGGAAAAAAAAAAUGAAUGCUUUAAUAUAAUUGAACAGUGUUCUCAGAUCAGAACUGUCUGGGCAGAAGGCAACAGACAAGUUGUAGGGGCUUGAUAUAUACAAGAAAGUAGAAUUCAGUGUAAAUUAUUUUAUAACUGAUCUUUUAUAUUGUAGAACAUAAAGUGUACAUCUUUUGUAUAUACAAAGCUUAGUUACUUUCUGUUUAGCAGAAAGCAGCUACAUUCCUACACUUUCAAUGUAUGUUUGUUAUAAUGUUCAUGUAAACAUAUGCCCCAUGUUUGUGCCUUUUUUUAAUUAGUUUGUCUCAAUAAACAACAAUGUAGAGAGAA